GAGAUGCCGGCAGACUGGCCCAUCCACCGGCAUUGCUUCACCGGCGGAUGGUCAGAGGCCCAGCAGUGGAUGGACACGUUUCCAAACUUGUUCUUGGGGCUGACUCCCCUGGUGGGUUUCCACAGCGCUGCACCGCUUGCUGAGGUUGGCCGCCGGAUCCCCCUGGACCGCCUGCUGCUGGAGACGGAUGCACCCUACUUCCUCCCAAAUAGCGAGUCCAAUCGUCUCAAGCAGUCCCAUCCAGGGAUGGCCAUCCACGUGGCCACGCAGCUGUCGGCGAUGCGCAGCAUCCCGCUGGAAGAAGUCCUGGUUGCUGUCCGCCGGAACACGAGGAGAAUGUACCGCAUUUAA